GACCGGCCGGCGCAGAAUCGAGAGAUCAUGAGCCCCACCAUGCGCGCCGCCGUCGUCGCGUCGCUCCUCGGCGUCGCCGCGGCGCUCCAGUCGCACCUGCCGCACGCGCGCCCGGUCCGGGGCCGCCGGUCGAGGCACGCGCCGUCCAUGGUCCUCAGCGACGGGGCGAUCAGCACCGUCUCCGCCAACAACCUGAAGAUGACGGACUCCAUGCGCGACUACGUCGAGGACAAGAUCGGCACGGUCAUCAGCAAGUUCGCGGGCGUCGCGCAGCGCUGCGACACGCACCUCUCCGUGAUGCGCAAUCCCGCGGUCUCCGACAGCGACGUCGCCGAGGUCGUCGUCUUCUGCAAGGGCGAGGUCGUCCGCGCGGAGGAGCGGUCGCCGUCGAUGUACAGCAGCAUCGACCUCGUCGCCGACAAGGUCGCGCGGAAGCUGCGCAAGGUCAAGGAGCGCAAGGAGGGCAAGCGGUCCAAGCCCAAGCUCAAGGUGAGCCUCGCCGAGGCCAUCGAGUCGACGGCGCUCGAGGAGGAGCCGCCGCUCUUCGACGCGACGACGCUGAUCCGGAAGAAGAAGUACCCGAUGCCCGAGCAGUCGCUCGUCGACGCCAUGGUCUGCAUGGACGGCCUCGACCACGACUUCUACAUGUUCAAGUCCGAGGAGACGGGCCAGAUCAACGUCAUCUACAAGCGC